AACAUUGGUUUUGCGAUGUUUCACAGAACCACGAUAUGCUGUUGUUUUUGAAUACAGCUUCCAAAAGACAAAAAAUAGCCGAUUAAUAUUUAUUUAAUACAAUCACAGUGGUGUGAUUAGAUCGGUCAGUGCGUCAUCAUCAGCUGCUAAAUUCAAACCUGUGUUCGCUGGCUGGCGCUGAGCCACAUUAUAACCAAUCACACACGAUGCUGUUGAGUUUAUGAAUGCAAUGACCAAUCAUAGCUGUUCAGAUGAGUCAUCGCUAAAAUGACGGCGUUUUCUUCACUUGCUCGCUGACUGAAUACCUCUUUCUGGCGAGUUCUCUCGUCAGAAACAACAAAGUGCAAAUGUGUGUACGAAUCUGUAAGAUAUUAAUUUCAUAGUGUAAACAGCUUCAGUGAUUUGUUCAGUGAUUUGUUAUCAUAUUUCAAUUAUACUUUUGUGUUUUUUCUUGGUCCUACUUAAAACCUGUUUUUUUAUUUUUAUUCAUUUAUAUAUAUAUAUUUUUUUUAUAGUUGCACACAUGCAUUUUGAUGGAUCUACAGUCAUGCUCAUCAGAAAAAUAGUUCAGUUUGGUCCAAUAAUCUUCAACUGAGAAUGCUGAGAAAAUUGAGUGAGAGCCAGAGUUUGUUUAAAAGGUUAUUUCAGGAAACAAUAUUUCCAAGUCUAAUCCAAGAAUCAACAAAAGGACAAUUUAAGUAAGACAUAAAGUAAUAAAUAAUUGUUCACUUAACAAGAAACCAAUGGCCAGAAAUAAGAUAAAAUGUUGCCAUCUCGUGGUUAUCAGUGAAAGUGCACUACAAAGACUAGAAAGACUGAUUUGGCUUUUGAAUUGUAGGUAUACGUAUUGCAUUUGCUUUUGUGCUGCAUUAGAUGGUCUGGCUUCAUACCUAUUUAAAUUGAAAUAUUAUAUCCAACUACUAUUCAAAAUAUACUAAAUUCUCAUGUGGGAUCAGUUGUAACAGUUUACUGCAGUUAAUAUUUAUCGCUGUGGGAUUAUUUUUUAAAAGUUAUGAAGUUUUGUGUGGAAAAUCAAAUUUAAGAUAUAAUUCACAUUCAUACACAAAAAAAGUAAGACCUUUUGGGUCUGGAUUUUUUAAUCUAAUAUACUAAACCAGUGAUUGAGAAAGCACACCUUUAAUUGGAAUUUCAAAAUAGCAUACUAGUAUACUGUUCUCAUUAUUUUUACCACAUAAAGAUCAACAAGUCCUCCAACUCAUACGACCGUAAAGGUCGUUUGUCACUAUCCUCAAAUACGACCCAUACGAGCGUUCCCUAGAUUAGCGCCCCUACCGGCAACAGGAGAUACUACAGAUACUUUCGCCUAAAUGCAUUGUGGGUUUCUCUUAAAAUGCUUGCUAUUUGCGUUUUAAACUCUCCUGGCUAUUCAAAGUGUUUUAUUGCUAAAAAGAUAUGGAUUUUAACUUCAAGACACAGGUAGAGUUUCCACCCGUCUCGUAAAGUAACGUUAGUCGAUCGUCCUGUAUUUAUGAAUGAAAUUAUGUGUUUCAAAUCGAUACUGUACACUAUUUAUCCCAUUAUUUCAACAUGUUUGACGUUCAGAUCAUUCAAGUGGACCCUGCCAGCAUAAAGUUAGUUUUCAUUGUGAUAUUUGUUUGAAAUUAGCCUGUGGUUGGAAAGUGAUCAUGUAAAAGUCCACACAUUUACCAUGUUUUUACGUAGUUUUAAUGUGGUAUUUGUAGUUAAAACACGGUAUCCACAACACUUACCUUGUUUCACCACAGUAACUGUGUACUAUUUGUAGUUAAAGCACAAUAACACAACAUUUACCAUGUUUUUACCACAGUAACAGUUUUAAUGUGGUAUUUGUAGUUAAAACACGGUAUCCACAACACUUACCUUGUUUUACCACAGUAACUGUUUUUUUGUGUGUAGUCUGCGUUCGAGGGGAGGGGCUUACCGAUCAAUUGUUGGAAGCGUCACGCCCUCAACCAGUGUUUUGUUUCACAGGAAAGACAAUCCUGCUUUAGAUUUGAAUGUCUAGAAUACAGACGUAGAAACUAAAAUGUCAAAAUCCAUAAAAGAGCUCAGUCUUCACUACGACCCGAUUAAUGAAAGCAAUACUUUUACUAGUGGAGAUAUUGUAGAGGGACGAAUUGUUUUGGAGGUAACCAAAAAAAUAAAGGUGGACAGUUUUUUUGUGAAGCUGACGGGGGACGCACAUGUGAGCUGGACUAAAGGCUCAGGUGACAACAAAAGAACCUAUAGCGACGAUGAGAGAUACGUCAAUCUAAAGCAAUACUUCAUUCAAGACAGCUCGAAGAAAGGAGAAAGUGAAAAGAAUACAACUCUUGUAGAUGGAGAGACUUAUGGAUCAGUGAUUAGGCCAGGAAGUCAUGUUUUUCCAUUCAGAUUUCAGCUGCCUCAACAAAAUAUGCCUCCAUCUUUUAAAGGAUUUCAUGGCUGGGUUAAGUAUAUCUUGAUGGUAAAGCUGAGCAGGCCUUGGAAGUCACCAUCUUCUACAUAUACGGAAUUAAACUUUGUGCUGAGAAAUGAUGGGACCAAUGAUCAUUUACUGCAGCCACAAUCUGGCACACAAGACAAGAAGAUGAAAUUUUUUGGCUCAGGAAAAAUGGAAAUGACUGUAACAGCUGAAAAAACUGGCUAUAUGCAAGGUGAAACAAUCAGAGUUUUUGUUGACAUUGACAACUCUUCAUCUCGUGACGUCAAGCUAAAAUACAGCCUCAAGCAGCAACAGACGUUUAUCGCUGGCAGGAGCACUAAUAGAUCAAAUAAGGAUAUAGUCAAAGAGACUAGAGAUCGCAUCCCUUCUGGAGAAAAGUCAAAAUUCAUAGUGGACGUGACCCUUCCACGUGACCUGACUGUCACCAUUGAAAACUGCAGAAUUCUAAAAGUGCAGUAUGAACUCAAGGUCUAUCUGGAUGUGUCUUUUGCAUCAGAUCCAGAAGUCAAAUUUCCUGUGGUCAUUCUUCCACCUGAUCAACCGUGUCCUCCCUGGCAAGGCCCACCUGGAGGAUCCCAGCCAUAUCCACCACCUCAGCCUAACCUUGUGCCUUAUCCUGGUGAACUACCUCCUCCACCUGCAGGACUUUACCCCAAUCUGUACGACCCUACAGUGCCGCCCUAUCCAGGAGCUGCUGCAGGGGUCUAUCCAAAUCCACAUGCCAUCCCGCUUGGUUUCCAUCUGGCUCCUUCUGCACCAGUUUCUGAUCCAAAUCAAAGCACUACUAAAGAAUCCUCUCCUAAUGUGCCUUAUUAGUCUCCUUCACAAGCCAAACAGCUUUGUAUGCAUGCCUUCUAUCUGCAAGCUCAGUGACUAUUGUUGUGCCUUUUAAGCUUAGCACUUUUUUCAUUAUACAGGAAAUGUAUAGACCUUAUGUAGCCACGCCCCUUUUUAGUACUUCACUCAUAAAUCUUCAGUUUAUAUUGACGCAACACGAAGGUAAGAAGUUACAAACUUUUGUAUGAACCACUCAUUUUAAAAUCUUCCCAGUCUUCUGACAUUUGUUUUGACAUCCAUUUCAAAGAUUUUAGUGCUCAUGAUCAUUUUUGUUUACUCUACACUACAGUAAGCAAAUCCACUUCACCUGCUAAAACUCUUUGACAGCAAUGCUAUAGAAAUAUACAGAAUUACUUCAAAACGGAAGUUCAAAACAACAUUCUAAAAAUGUCUGCUUGCUUGUUUCUCUGGAACAUAAGGUCUACAAGCACUCUAUCCACUCCUACUGAAAUAUUUUGCUAAUAGUACUGCAGUUGUAUUGAUACUGCACUGCAUUUACACUUUUAAACUCCAUCCAUGAUGAAUUGAUCUAUAGACUGUAUCUAUUACUGCAACAAUGCAUGCUUGUAUGAGUUUCUUUACUGAAGCUCUGAUUAUUUCAUAACAUAUUGGUUACUCGAGAAUCAAAUGUGACUAAAAGUAACAACAAAGAGACCCUAUGAAAUUAUGCUAAAAUAAUUGUGACAUGAAUUAAAACCAGGGCUCUGAACAUGCACAAA